GACGCAGCCGCUGUUCCGACUCUGUUCGCAGCCUGCGCGCGCUCUGGCUGGACUACCGCACCGCGCGAGCAGGUAGGGAGACGUAGCCCGAUCUUAAAGCGGACAGCCUUCACUGACACAUACACACACACACACACACACACACAAAAAAUCCUGAUUAUAGCACGGAAAGAAGACGAUGAGGUGGAUGGAAGACCCACGGAGGUGGAAUAGAUCGGAUCCGCCGCGAUGAGCGCCUCCUUCCCGAAAUCUGAUUCCACAACCUCGUUACUGAAAUCAUCGAGGAGAUCGACACACCUCCCAGAUCAGACAUCAGAGAUCCGGAGAGGUCAACAUCAGCACCAGCACCAGCACCGUCAGCGUCCCGCCGCGCUCCAGGGCAGCAGCGGCAAAACUGACGAGUCCUUCUGGUCGGCCGAGAGCGACGUCAGCGCUCGGAGACCCCUGUGUCAUCCCUCCCUCGUCGGCAGCCAGGACGGGGGUACCGCCGCUGCCACUCGGGGCAAGUGCAAGCCCCACGCCCCGCACAGCCAAGUUCCCGUUGAGCCGGGGCCAAACUGCGAGUCGGACCGCGGGUUAACCGAGCGGAGCCGGACUAACCCCAAGCCCUCCCACCGCCACCAUCACCACCACCACCACCACCGCAGGAAGCAGCACCGGGAAGAUCAUCCGGAUGACGCGGAGCAUCCCCAGCCCUGUCACCCGCUCGCCCACAGGGUGCCCUCGCUUUCGGACAGCACAGACGACAGGGCCCCGCUGUGUGAACCGAGGGACAGGAAGAGGGGCAGCUUGGCCAGCGGCGGCGGCGGUCAGGUCAGCAGUCCGUCCCCGUCUUCCUGCUCCCCUGUCCCGCCGUCCAGCAGGUCCUCCCGCCGCUCCCGGAGGUCCAGCACCGCUUCCUCUGCAUCUGACAUCAAUUUAAGGAGCGUCCUCAAUUCACUAUUCGGGCAGGACAGAGAGCUGCGGCCAGAAGAAAUGGACGAGCUGCGAGAUGCUUUCAAGGAGUUUGACAAAGACAAGGACGGCUUUAUUAGCUGUAAAGACCUGGGGAACUGCAUGAGGACCAUGGGAUACAUGCCGACAGAAAUGGAGCUGAUAGAACUGAGUCAACAGAUAAACAUGAACUUGGGAGGUCACGUGGAUUUUGACGAUUUUGUGGAACUAAUGGGCCCAAAACUUCUCGCCGAAACUGCAGACAUGAUUGGGAUAAAGGAGUUAAAAGACGCAUUCAGGGAGUUUGACACAAAUGGGGAUGGUGCCAUAAGCACCACUGAGCUAAGAGAUGCAAUGAGGAAGUUAUUGGGCCAACAAGUAGGUCUUAAAGAGGUAGAAGAUAUCCUAAGGGAUGUGGACUUAAACGGUGACGGACUUGUUGACUUUGAAGAGUUCGUUCGAAUGAUGUCUCGCUAAGUUCGAACAUCGGUACUGAAUGUGAAGCUUCUUCACCCUAAAACCACGUCCAACUAAAGGACACGCCAAGAUCUACUGAGCCAUCGAAAUCUAAACGACACUGGAAUUCAAACUCCUCGAAUGUUACAGAGCGAGGGUUCCCCUCCCACUUUCAAUCAAUAAGUGUUCUUCCUGAAAACUUUUAAAGUUUAACCGAGGCAGAGUUUGCUGUAGCAUAGCUAAAGAUUGUCUAAUUUAUGUUUUUGCACUUUAAUUGUCACUUAACAACAACUUCCUGUGUGGAUAGAUUGUCGAUGUCCUGUCUCAGAUUCUACAUGGUGUAAUUAAGUGUCUUGCAUAAUGUCACCUUCGAUGUUUUUAGCAGCAUCAGAAUGAGGGACUGAAUGUAGGAAAGACAGAACAUUAGCACUGUUGAAUGUUUAUAUAUUCGCACAUCGUCUGUUGUAUUAGAAAUGUACUUGAAGGUACCUUUGUGCAGCAAUGGUGCUUCACCAAGAAAUCAAAGUGGCAAUACCCACACCUGUAAUGUAACUUUGUGACCAUGUGUAAAUUUUCACUGUGCCAGACCUGUUCCAAUGAAAAAGCAUCACUGUCUGACAUGCAGCAAAGAAAGAAAUCUGAUCUUAAUGAGAGGCAAAUCUCUGAAAUGCCUCCAUAUUUGUUAUCCACCUAGAUCAGCAGAAAAACAAAGGAGAAGAAGAAGAAAAAACACAGUAAAUGAUGGACGGCUUUUCUCAAAAGCCUAAAAAGUGCUCACCGACACUGACCAGCGUUGAUUUGCAGCAAUACAGCACAUGUUGAGACUGACGUCUUUUUGUGUUCAUGUCUGAAUUCACAAAAGCCUGUGAAGUGGAAACGGCUGCUUUUGAAAGUCUGUUUAGGUCAGCAUGAGGUCACACAAAUGUGAACUGUAUGUACAGUGGAUCCGAUCAUGUUGUACCUGUCAUUGUCGUUAUGACUCGAUAUGUGGUAACGUUCCAAACAUCUGUGCUGUAGAACAAUUUUUUAUGCAUGCCAAAGAGAGACAUUUACUACAUUUAGUAUGCACAAUUUUGUUUAUAAAAAUAGGAAACUAGAUAUUUGGACAAGUUAAACAUAGAAAAAUAAAAGGUGUUUACAUUUGAUCCCUUUUUACUAUUGGUAUGUGUGUUUUAUUACAUGGACUGUGUCAAAAUAUUACAAUGUUGGUGAGUGAUGUCGCUGCAGGUGGUGAGGACAAAGCUAAACUUAGCAUCUAUUCAUGUGUGUCACUGAUGAAGCUAGGAACCGGUCAUGUGUGUAUUACUUGCAGCAGCGCUGCAUUUAUGUCAUUGCAUAGGUCUCCAGAUGAGACCAUUUGGUUUUAUAACUCUGCUGUAUUCAAGGGAGAGAUCUUAUUCAUUUUGAGUGAGGAUAAUUUAUAGCUGCAUGAGAAAAAAAGAUUACUAGUAUAUCAUGAAGAGCUAUAGAAGGACAGACUGCAAAUUUUUAAGCAUGAUGUUUUUAAGGACUAUAAAAGUUUGACUCAAAGCCAUUCAGGCUGGCUUUUAGUCAAGUUCUCAUUAAUAUUCAGUAGUUGUUUACUUAGAUUUUAUUUCUAUUUAAUUAUCUUUUACACAAUUUGAUUGUAUUCUUCUUGAUUAUUUUAGAUUCCACUACUAUUGUUGUGAUUUUUAAAUCUCAAUCUGCCUCUACUUUUUAUGACAUAUGUUUCCAAAUUUUCGUGUGCACAUAUGUCCUCCUCUGUUUCCUCUAAACACCAGGAAGUUUCUGGGACAUUUUUUCCUCUUUUUUUGUUCUUCAUUUUACCCACUUUGUCGAGUGUUUCUAACCUGUUCAAAACACUGCGUUACACUCAUUUCUGUUAAACCUAUAAUAAUUAGUAACAAUAAAUCAAGGACUCGUUUCUGGUUUAAAAAUAUUUUCUGUUGCCACAGUAACUACGCUCAUUCAUGUCUUU